AGUGCAUACAAUGUACUCCAUGGUUUGUUGUUGUGGUGUCCUUGGCCAGUAGAAGAGAUAUCAAUAUUUUAUAGCCUCUGUUGACACCGCUAAGUAACCUAACAGAACUUGCAGGCAUUCCCUGCUUGUGGGGUCGUGUGUGCAAGAUGUGUAGUCCUGCAGGUUAGUUGGAUCUUCCCUCUGAAAGAUCAACAACAUGGAUUCUUUCAGAGGAUUUGAAUCAGGAAGUGUGUGUGAUACAGAUGACAUUGUGGAGGGUACAGAGUGGAAUAAAGAUUAUCCAUCAGACAGAUGCCUAGUCAAUUCUCUUUUGGAGGCCAGUGAAGAAUGGUUCUCCAAAUACCAGGAUGCAGAUGAUUUUGGAAGCCAUAUUGGCUGGGAAGAAGCUGUUCGGGGAUGGGGACAAGGCCCUUCUGUUAUUUGUUUGUUCCAAAUGCAAAGGAGAAGUAAGAAAACAAAGGGCACCGAACCAGACUUCCAUUGUCUUCUUUGCAUUGACGCAAAGCCCCCAGAACUUGAAUUAGAGACCACUGAUUUGCCAGGAUUCUCUGGGGGGCUUCCUGAAAAAAACUCCAAGAAAACUAGCCCUACCAAGGGAGAUUCACCAAAGUCACGUCCAAGCAGCAAGUCAUCUGACAAAAGCACAGAACUCCUACUUAAGCAAAAGGUCUGCGGAAACCAUCCCAGUGGUGUCAACGGCCACCUUACUGACAGUUUAACUCCAACCUGCUCAGGCCUCUCUCACCCCCAGGAGGAUCAGUGUCCAGUGCCGAAGGACAGGUGUACACCAGGUAACGUUGGCCUCCUCAACUGCUUCACUGUACUGCCUAGCCUAAAACCCUCCUUGGAUGGAAACGUGAGCAGCCCAAGAUACCCUAAACGAGCAGAGGUCUCCGCCGGGGCCGACAGGCAAGGCAUAGUUGACAUUUUGCACAAAGGUCCCACUGCAGGUGUGGAUGGCUGUGGUGAAAUGAAAACGCAUAAUCACCUGUGCUCUAACAGACCUGCUGAGGUCAGCCUUCACAGGUCCAUCCAUCCGUCCAGACACUGGGAGUAUAGGAACAGCCAUCGCCUGCUGACUGCAUUCACUAUUCCCAUCAUCACCAAGCGAAUCUGCCAGAACAUCCCCACCUUGGACGACGGAGUGCCCAGGGUCACCUACCGUCUCAGAAGGUACCCGCAGCCAGAGGAGCUGCCAAGAACACCUGUGAGACAUCACAGCAGUAAUAAACUUGCGUACAAGGCCAAAAAUGCCAGGCGGGUAGAGCCAAAACUGCCCAUGUUGCUUGGUACCAGGGUGGCCAUCCCUGCCUCUGAUCACCGUCUAUAACGUCCCUUUCUGCUGCCUCUGCUGUGAUUAUCCAGUCACCUGAUUAAAGAGUAUUGUAGUCCCUCAUGUA